AUGUAUAGGACAAGCACGCUGGCGUCAAAAACUACUUCAACGUCUGGUAUAGCAUUUGUUUCUCCAUAUAGUAUCCCUGCUUCGAAUCACACGAAGCUAUUAUCUUUGUUGUCGCAUUUGGAAAGCCCUUCCAAUGAAAGAAGCGAAUCUCUACACUUGAAUGUCAACGUUCCCGUUCCAGUACAGUUUGAUGCUUCGGAGAUUAUAGACUUGAACAAUACCAAGAUCUUAACACAAUCUGCAGAGCUGCAAAGUCAUGGUAAGAACAAGCUACCAUCAAAUCAAUUAAAAGAUACCGUUAAUGUCAAUGAUGAGCCAGAAUUAUACCUUGACAUUAAAACCAUACAACCAACAAACCUUCAAGAGCAAUUAUGCAUCGUUGUAUUGAACAAUUUUCCAAAUUUGAAAAACAUUGCAGUUGAAAAAGUUUUAUUGCAUCUAAUUGAGUUGGGAUUAGAAGACAGAAUCGAGGGACAGCAAGAUGGAAAGGAAAUAAAAGACAAGGCUAGAAAAUUUGCAUGGUCUUUAGUCAAUUAUGAGUUUAUUGACCUGAAGACCAUAUUUAUCCGCUUUAACCAUGUUAAAGAUGUGAAAUGGUUUGUCAAAACUUUUCAUGAUAUUGAUGCAAUUUUACCCAAAGUUGAGCUCAUUUAUAGUGCUCAAAUUGAUGAAUAUUUAAAGGACCUUGAGGUUCUGCCGAGUGUUUCUGUCACAGACCGCCUCAAAAACCAAAUCAAGCUCAUUUUAUACAACUCAAAAAACUUGGCAAAACCAAAAAUUAAAGGAUUCGAGGAUUUGGAUCGAGCGAUGCAAUCUUAUAGUGAUUACAUGGUAGACAACAAUGAUUUGAUCGACGUACCCAAUAACAUGAAAGAUAGUAUUAUCAGAGAGAUAAUUAGAUUUAGAACCAAGAUGUUAUCAAUAGAAAAGGAAAACCGUCAAAAGCAAAUUGAAAUAGAGCGAGAAAAAACGAAACAAAAAUUGAAUAAGCUUUUUGAAGGAAUCAAGGAAGCAAGCGAUGCUCAACAAGAACAGCAACGGGAACAGGAACAGGAACAGGAACAGGAACAGGAACAAGGGCAAAAACAAAAGGAGAAAUUUGCAACGGCAAGGACAAAUAAUCAAGCAGCGGAAACUUUUGUGAUGCCCGAGGAGCAUGAAGAACUUGACGAUAAAGAGUACGAUGCGUAUGUCAAAGCACAGCGCAUAGCUAAACAAAAUAAAGACUAUAAUCAACGUUUAAAUGCUUUUAAAGCAAAAGAAGAAGCUGAAAGGACAAGACUCGAGCUAGAGAUUAAACGACUGCAAGAUUAUGAAGUCAAUGUUUGGGAUAAUAAAGCCGCAACUAUAGCAAAAUUCAGAAAUUACGAGUCCAACGGACUUGCCAACCUAUACGAAAUGAACUAUAACGAGUACUUGAAACAGCGAGUUGCAAAGAGGACUUUGGAGGAAGAGCUAGACAGGGCAGAUAUUGAGAAGGAGACACAAGAGUUGGAAAACGAAGUACAACCUAUUAAACAUACCCUUGAUACAUAUGAGAGUAAACAUGCUGAACCUGAAGCUAAGAGAGCCAAGUUCAAUGCUGAUCAAAAUGAAGCAGAUAUUGAGGUGCCAAUGUCGCCUCUGGAAAAAGAUAAACGAGUUAUUAUUGUCAAGGAGCUUUCAUUGGCAAAACAAAACCAAAUUAAAACUAAAAUCGACGAUCUCGUUGAAGAUUGCCUUGGUGUCAAGGAUGAAUUAUUGUUGGAUGUCAUCUUCCAAAGUCUUGAAAGCUCAAACUUCGAUGGAAGAGAUGCAUUAGUGACUGAACUUGAAGAAUUCUUGGAUGAGGAUGCUGUUAAAUUGGUGGACCUGCUCUACGAUUUCGUAAGAUCAUUGGCUUGA